CAAUAUGCGUUCGCGCAGCAAUUCAGGCGUACGCCUGGACUAUUACCAGCGCGUGGUGCAUCGCCUGAUUAUGUCCCAUCAGGAACCAGUCACCGGAUUGUUUCCAGCAUCCAAUGUAAAUUCACAUGCUUGGAUCAGAGACAAUGUCUAUUGCAUCUUGGCCGUGUGGGGUCUUUCAAUGGCCUAUAAGAAAAUUGCCGAUCAGGAUGAAGAUCGUGCCAAAUGCUAUGAACUGGAACAGAGCUGUGUUAAGCUAAUGCGUGGUCUCCUCAUGGCCAUGAUGAAUCAGAAGGAUAAAGUUGAAAAAUUCAAAAUGACCCAGAAUCCAUUGGAUUCGCUACAUGCCAAAUACUCCAGCACAAAUGGUCAACCUGUUGUUGGCGACGCCGAAUGGGGUCAUUUGCAAAUCGAUGCUGUCUCUUUGUAUCUUUUGAUUUUGGCCCAAAUGACUGCCUCCGGCCUGCAAAUUGUCUUCUCAUUGGACGAAGUGUCCUUUAUACAAAAUUUAGUAUUUUACAUUGAAUCGGCCUAUUGCAUCCCCGAUUAUGGCAUAUGGGAGCGGGGUGAUAAAACAAAUCACGGUGAACCUGAACUCAAUGCCAGUUCUAUUGGUAUGGCUAAGGCUGCUCUGGAGGCAAUGAACGAGUUGGAUUUAUUUGGUGCUCGUGGUGGUCCCGCCAGUGUAAUACAUGUCCUCGCCGAUGAGGCCCACAAAUGUCAGGCUGUAUUGCAAUCAAUGUUGCCACGUGAAUCGAAUAGUAAAGAAUUGGAUUCGGGUCUUUUGUGCGUAAUCGGAUUUCCCGCAUUUGCUGUCGAUGAUCCACAAUUGAUACGCAAUACCAAAGAUGCUAUUCUGCAACGUUUACAGGGUAAAUAUGGUUGCAAACGUUUUUUGCGGGAUGGUUAUCGUACACCGAAAGAGGAUCCAAGCCGUUUGUACUAUGAACGUUGGGAGCUGCGCAUGUUCGAGAAUAUUGAAUGUGAAUGGCCGUUGUUUUAUUGUUAUUUGAUAUUGUUUCAUGCAUUUCAAAACGAUAAAAUGUCUGUUAAGGAGUAUGCAGAUCGGUUGGAGCAAAUCAUGGUACGUGGCGAUGAUGGUAUACUUCUAAUACCCGAAAGUUAUGCUGUGCCACCAGAUGCUGUCUCGCAAGAAUAUAAACAUCCCGGUUCGGCACCCAGAGAAGUUGUUGGCCGUUGUCCAUUUUUAUGGGGUCAAUCGUUGUUUAUAUUGGGACGACUAUUGCAAGAGGGCUUUUUAGCUGUUGGUGAAUUAGAUCCGCUGAAUCGUCGUUUGGGUGCCCAAAAGAAACCCGAUGUUGUUGUACAGGUGGUCAUUAUUGCCGAAGACAAUGAAAUUCGUGAUAAAUUGGCGGAAUCGGAUUUGCAUGUACAGACCAUUGCUGAGGUUGCACCCAUUGAAGUGCAACCCGCUCGUGUUCUCAGUCAUUUGUACACGUAUUUGGGUAGAAAUCGUAAAUUGGGUUUAACCGGACGUAAAUCACGUGAUGUGGGUAUAUUGAGUACAAGUAAAUUGUAUUCAUUGAAAGAUAGAAUAUUUGCCUUUACACCUCAGCAUAUCGAUUAUGAAGAAUAUUAUACUACACGAGAUCCUGACUUGCUUGCAAGUAAUUUCACCACCAAUUUAGCUUUCCUAACAAAUAAUUGGCGUCAUAUGUUAGGAAGACCUACCAUAACUUUAAUGGCAACACAUUAUAUGCUAGGUAAUUACUAUCCACGAAACAUUACUAUCCACGAAGCAUUUACAUACUAUACACAUACACUACACACACUCACACCUAUUGCCAUACUUACACUAAUAACCACAACAUUUACAUAU